CCGCGGCGACCGCCCGAGGCUCGUCGACGCCGCGCCGCGGCCGAGCGACUUGCGGCCGAGGCAGCCCGCGAGCCGGUGGCGCAGGCGCUCGUUCUCGUCGGUGAGCCGUCGCGCGUGGGUGCGCAGCUCCAGGAAUUCCGAGCGUGCUCUGUACGUGUCGAUGUGGUCCGGGAUGGACUGGCUCACGUCGCGCCUUGCCUUGCCCCAGCGGCUCAUGUUGUGCUGUUAAUCGACCGCCGCGAGCUGCGCCUCGGCUUCACGCUGCAGAAUCCGAGUAGAGGUAUUCGUUAAACAACGCUCCUGCGUCAGAGGCUAAUUAGGUGCCGAGCUUACGCUCAGCUCGAG